AUGUCACAUCGUAGAAAGAGUAUAAAUAAUAUAGACGGCGUUUCCGAAAACCUUUCCAUUCCUACCAUACAAAGGACUGUAGAUCCUAUCAUUAUCUCUCAACAACGCCAAUAUCAAUCCCACUCCCUUAUGGAUCAAAAAUCCUACCAAUCACUUAAUGAUAGAUAUAUGUCAACAAUCGACGAAAAAAAGAAUGCACCAAUAACAAAAUCAAAAUUUCAUGGAUCAGGUUUGCAGAAAAAAGAUCGGAGAACUAUUAAUCCAUCAUAUUUUAAUUAUGGAAUGAUAACUACCAUGAGACAACUUUUCUAUGCGAUUGCAUUUUUUGGAUCUUUAGUGAUAUUUUUGGGAAGUUUGUGUGGUAUAGAUAUGCCUUUUGAUGAAAUAAUUACAGACCCACCAGCUAGUAAAAUAAUUCCAUCAGACAAGGAACCUAUUUUUGAUGGCAUAAUGAAUGAUAAUAAGCAGAAAAUAGAGAUUACGAAUGACGGUAAUUACCAAAACGAUAACGAUAAUGAUCGCACAAAUGAUUACAAAAAUAAUUUAGAUAAUACUGUGAUUAAGAAAGGUGAAAUUGCAGAUUUGUUUCCUGAUGCUGAGCUUUUAGAUGACCCAAUUAUUCAAGAUGAAGGAUUUGGCCAUUCCGAUGAAAUUCUUUCCAAAAAUGAUAAAGCUAGUGACAUUUCAAGUCAUGAUAUUAAUUAUUUUAGUGAAGAAGAAUUAAUGCAACUGUUAAAUCCUACAGUUUAUUCUAUCUUGAAUAAAUCUACACAAAUAUCUGGUCGACCAAACAAAUUAACGAAAAAGAUGCAUAGGCAUUAUCACAUAAAGUCACAAAACUCUGAUGAAAAGACAAAUGUAAUAGAUUACUCUGAAUACACUUAUAAAGCACCGCAGCCUCAUUUCACUUAUGUAGAUGUAAUUAAUUCAUUGACAAAUGAUGAACUAGCUGAUAUUAAAAGUAUUCAAUCAGUGGAAAUUAAUGCGGAUGAAAGUUUGGAUUCAUCAUGUGGAAAGUGGCAAGAAGAAUAUUCAAAGUUGCAUGCGAAUAUUUUGGAUAAUAAGGAGGAACAGAGAUAUGUUACUUAUAUUUGUGAUGCUAGUACAAAUUGUGGUGGAUUGGCAGACCGGAUAUUUGGCAUGACAUCAACAUUUUUAUUUGCUCUUCUUACAAACCGUGCUUUCCUCGCAGACUGGCAGGUUCCUAUCCCUUUAGAAGCAGUAUUCUCAUCAUCAAACAUCGACUGGAGUUAUGACUCCCUUUCACCCUUACCUUCACUUCUUUCUUUGCAAUCUAGUGAUCUUAACGUUAUCGACUUUGAUGCUCAACAUUUGGACCAAUAUUUUAUUUUACAUAAUUGGACUCAAAAGUAUCCGGAACCAUUUAUAAAGUUUUAUACCAAUAGAGGGAUGAUAAUGAGAACUUUUAGUUCAAAACAUUAUUCGAAACAUUUAAAGGAUAUUGGAUUAAGACCACACACAGCCAUUGGGUGUAUUCUUGAUUACUUGUUUCGUCCUGUCCCUGAAGCUUUGUGGUUCAUCACUGAAUAUACAUCUUUGUUUGCGUUACCUAGCAUUUUUUCUGUUGGAAUCCAAAUUCGAACGGGUGAUUCUAAAAUGAAUAAAAAAGAUGGUCUGGGUCAUUCACAUUCACUACAGGAAUAUAAACAUUUUUUUAGAUGCGCAGAUCAAUUAACUCAAGUGUAUUCUGAACCAUCACAGAAAGUUAUUUAUUUUUUGGUAACAGAUUCCGUAAGGUUAAGGGAUGAAGCUAUUCAGAAACUUGAACAUGUUAUUGUUUCAGGAUUGCCUGUCAGUGGUGAAGGAUAUAAAGGAGAGAAUUAUGAUUGGGAUAAAGCGGAUGAGAUUAAUAAUGCAAUAAUUGAGAAUUGGAUAUUGAGUAAAACUGAUUACAGAGUAAUAUCCCCAGGCGGAUAUGGAAAGUUAUCAGCAUUUCAUUCAAAACAAUUACAUUCUACCGUGUCUAUGGUAUACUCCGGACUAAAUGAUGGUGUGCCGGAUUGUACACGCGAAGAUGCAUUCACAACGUUUAAUAAAUUGGCUAGCGA